AUGUCAUUCGUAUCCACUGCCAAGUUCAUGGAGCGGUCGGUCGUGACCCCAAUGUUACGUCGUCAAGCCAUGAGUCUCUUCAGACGCCAACGGCUCAGCUGCAGCAAUAGCGGGUUGUCCCACACGACCCGGUACGCUUCAAGCACAGCUGUCGGUUCCCAGCCCAAUGACGUCGCCCAGCCUCCAUCUCAACCCAAAGCCUCCAGCGAGUCGAAACCCACCGAUGUGACCAACGAACCUGCUUACAUAUUGCACUUUAAGCAGUCGGCUUCGCGUCAUACGACCAAUGAGAUGGGCGAACCUAUUUGGGACCACCCGAUCACCCGCGCCGUGUACGACCUCAACGAGAUCUCGACCAUGAAGCAGACGCAUCACCCAACGACACAGAUGUACGAACGGGUUGCGCUCUUUGCUGUCAAGGCUCUUCGCACGGGCUUUGAUGUUGUUUCACGGUACCGUGGACCCGGAGGGACUAUGACGGAAAAUGACUGGCUUAACCGCUGCCUCUUCCUCGAAUCCGUGGCGGGAGUGCCCGGUAUGGUCGGCGGCAUGUUGCGUCACCUGCGGUCCCUUCGUCUACUGAAGCGUGACUACGGCUGGAUCCACACACUUUUGGAAGAGGCCGAGAACGAGCGCAUGCACUUGCUCAUCUUUAUGAACAUUAAGCAGCCAGGCUACUUUUUCCGUGCCCUUGUUGUCGCUGCCCAGGGUGUGUUCUUCAACGGCUUUUUCCUCACGUAUUUAGUGUCCCCAAAGACAUGUCACCGCUUUGUGGGGUACUUGGAGGAAGAGGCGGUUAAGACGUACACGUGUCUGCUUAAGGACAUUGAAGAUGGCCAUUUGGACGCGUGGAAGCAGAAGCAGGCGCCGCUCAUUGCACAGACGUACUACAAGCUGCCGGAGAGCGCGUCCAUAUACGACAUGGUCAAGUGCGUGCGCGCGGACGAGUGCAACCACCGAGAUGUGAACCACGCGUUUGCGGAUUUGGACCAGAAGAAGGGCGUGAGUCCGUUUGUCAAUGGGCACCACUAG